UUUCUUUGAAGACGUGUUGACUUUGAGAGACAACUAACAUACCCAAUCUUGAACCUGCUCUCUCCAAUCAGUGAAAGAAGAAAGUAGACUGACUCCCUAUUUUGCUGUUUCACUGUAUUCGGAAGGUUUUAGUUGCUGACAAUUUCAGGACAAGAAAUUGCUGUGGAGAACGCGCAGAUCCACAGUGAGGAGCCUGUUCUCAUUUCACCGCUGGUGCAAGACAAUGGAGACAGAAAUCGAGCAGCAGGAAGAAGAGACCACUUUCAGCAACACUGACACUAACGGUCACUGCUGUUUCGGGAGCAGUUCCACCUAAUUUUAAUCCAGGAAGUGGACUGGAAAACGCCCUGCUGAGGACAUGGAGGAGGAGCAGGCCUUCAAGCGCUCUCGCAACACUGAUGAGAUGGUGGAGUUGCGGGUACUGCUGCAGAGCAAAAAUGCUGGAGCUGUUAUCGGAAAGGGUGGCAAGAAUAUAAAAGCCUUACGCACAGACUACAAUGCCAGUGUAUCUGUCCCUGACAGCAGUGGCCCAGAGCGGAUCCUGAGUGUGAGUGCAGAUAUUGAGACUAUCGGAGAGAUUCUGCUGAAGAUUAUCCCUACUCUGGAAGAGUACCAGCAUUAUAACGGGAUUGAUUUUGACUGCGAGCUGCGUUUGCUGAUCCAUCAGAGUCUGGCCGGAGGCAUCAUUGGGGUGAAGGGUACCAAAAUAAAGGAGUUAAGAGAGAACACCCAGACUACCAUCAAGCUAUUCCAGGAGUGCUGUCCUCACUCCACUGACCGAGUGGUUCUGGUUGGAGGAAAGCCAGACCGUGUUGUCGAUUGCAUCAAAGUUAUCCUGGAGUUGGUAUCUGAGGCUCCUAUCAAAGGGCGUGCCCAGCCUUACGACCCCAACUUCUACGACGAGACAUACGACUACGGCGGCUUCACCAUGAUGUUCGAGGAGCGGGGCCGGCGGCCUAUGGGGGGGUUCCCCGUACGGGGCCGGGGUGGCUUUGAGCGCAUGCCCCCAGGCCGCGGCGGCCGACCCAUGCCCUCCUCCAGGCGGGACUAUGAUGAUUUGAGCCCUCGCCGGGGACCACCCCCUCCCCUGCCUACCAGAGGGCGUGGAGGGAGCCGGGCUCGAAACCUGCCCCUCCCCCUACCACCACCCCCAAGAGGAGGAGGCGACCGGUUCUCUCAUCAGAGCUAUCACGGCAACAUGGACGACAGACCAAACAGCGACAGGAGAGGAAGACCAGGAGACCGCUACGACAGCAUGAGUGGUGGAUACGGUGACAACACUUCCUCCUGGGAGCCCUUUCAGUCUGGUGGCCGAGGGUCAUACAGUGACAUCGGGGGUCCCGUCAUCACGACACAAGUUACCAUCCCCAAGGAUCUGGCCGGCUCCAUCAUUGGGAAGGGCGGACAGCGGAUCAAGCAGAUCCGUCAUGAGUCGGGAGCGUCCAUCAAGAUCGACGAGCCACUAGAGGGCUCCGAGGACCGCAUCAUCACCAUCAAUGGAACACAGGACCAGAUCCAGAACGCCCAGUAUCUACUGCAGAACAGGCACGUGCUAGCACCCUUUCCUCGUCUCCGCUGAAAGCAGUAUGGUGGAAACCUAUUCAUCCCUGUCCCCUAUCCGUGUGUGAAGCAGUACUCUGGUCGGUUCUUCUAAAGAGGGAAGAGGAGCCAAUCUGCCAUGCCCGUUCGCUCCCUCUAUUCAGAGCCAACAUUCCUCUGCUUUGGGUAGUUGUGUGCCCCCCACCCUGUCAUCUAACACCUUUUUAAUAAGAAGUUUGGAAAUUCUCUCAAAGCUGUCGGAUGAGUGUAUCCCAGUUUUUUUUUUUUUUUUUUUUUUUUUUUUUUUUUUUUUUUUGCCUUGCUUGUUUUUUGGGGUUUUUCUUUAUCGAUAAUUUUGCUGUUCUGUACUUGGAGUAAACUAACCUGUCUGUGUUCACUCUUGGCCUCCCCUACCUCUCCCAGUCAGUACAGCAUGCAGAAUGUAAUCUUGUUUUGUAAGAAACAUUUUAUGAUUUAAAAAAAAAAAUACAUUUAGUUUAUUUUUGCUUAAUUUUUUUCCCCCUGCUGAAAGAUAAGGGGCUGUAUAAAAAUGUACAGUAAUUGUGUCAUAGGAUGAAUAAGAGUGCUAGGAUUGUUUCAUUUUGUUGGGAGACUGAUAGGGCUAAAAUAAAGUAUUGUUAAUUUUAAGUUUUCUACAUGAUUUCAGCUGGUUAACGGGGAGGGACUUGAUAUAAUUCCUUUAAUACAUAAUCAUUGACAUUUGGAUCCAUUUAGACUGGCUAAAGCCUGUUUUUUUUUAUGUCGGUUUAAGCGUUUUUAACAUUUUAGAUGGGAUCUUUGUAGACACCAGUCAGUUUGGGAUGGGAAUGCAGCCUUUCUUUCCAUAUGAGUGGCAUGUCACCCCUGUUAAUCUACCUGUCUGUGGGGUAUAGUAUCUGCUGCAAGUCGUGAGUAAUAAAGUCUGUGCCACCUUUUACUAAACAUGUGGGGGGAGGUUUUGUUAUUUUUCCAUGUUUCCUAGAUGCGAUAAAUAAAAUGGUUGUAAUAAAAUCAACUUGAUAUUUUCAGUAAA